AUCAUUGGUAUCACCCUGACGAUUACUCACAUGAACGGCUUUAUAAGAACCGUGAAGUUGUGAAGCAAGCUGAAGCUCGGUCUGAAACUGUGAGAUUGCCAUAGUAGCUGUCCGAUACGUCAGUUUUGUCCCGCGCUCGCAAAGCACAAGUCUGAACGACUACUUCGCCCGAGUGGUUUUUUCAUUGCUCAGAUCUGCCAGUAGCAACGCCAAUCUCUUACUUCGACGCGCCAGCGAAGCAAAUUGUCAGGAAACCGUACACCGUACGAGCAAGCAACGCUAGCGAAGGGGGUUCCUUCGACUCGCUUAUCGUACCAAGGAUCAUGGCGAAUCAAAGACAGUAUUGCAAUUUCCUAGGUUCAGCUGGUCACAACGAUGGUAACAACACUUUGCACAGCACUGCUGUUACCAGUAACACAAGCAAUCGCCAGACGCCUCGUCGGCCAUCAGCCAUCGUGAUCGGUAGCGGAUUCUCCGGACUGGCUGCUGCUCACACGCUGCACAACGCAUCGUUCGAGGUGGUGGUGCUAGAAGCAAGGAAUCGCAUCGGAGGUCGCGCGUUCACAGACCACUCGUUCGGUUUCCCGCUUGAUCUCGGCGCUGCCUGGCUGCACGGUGUGUCCGAAAGCAAUCCCCUGACUCGGCUGAUUGCGGAUCUCCAGCUUCCGCUCUACAGAACCAGUGGAGACGACUCGGUGCUCUACGACCAUGACCUGGAGAGCUAUGCGUUGUACGAUGUGGAUGGGAAGAAGAUCCCGCAGGAAAUGGUGGAGAGGGUGGAAAGCCUUUUUGAAGACAUGCUGGAAGAGACUCGGCAGGUUUGUGCAAAAACAGACGAGGACAUCAGCAUGGAGCGCGCUUUCUCGCUAGUGGAGCAGCGGCGGCCGGACCUAAGGCUGCAGGGCGUUGAGAGGCGGGUGCUGCAGUGGUACCUGUGCCGCAUGGAGGGGUGGUUCGCCACGGAUUUGAAGAAUCUCUCUGCCAAAUGUUGGGAAGAGGAGGACCUAGUGGAGGGAGGCCAUGGGCUCAUGGUGAAUGGGUACCUGCCUGUGCUGGAAAAGCUUGCUGCUGGGCUGGACAUUCGAUUUAAUCACAGAGUGGUCGACAUUGACUGGUCCUCAACACAGGAUGUCGGCGGAUUAGUAGCCAGAGGGGAAGGUGCAGCAGAUGCGGUAGGGGCAACAGGGGUAGGGGCAACAGGGGCAGGGGCUAUAGGGGUACGGGCGAUAGGGCAGCAGGACAGUCACCUAUGCAACAGGGCUACAGAGCUGGGUUGUGCGCACUGCGUACCAUGUGCGUGUACCAGGUGCAACGGGUGUAGCACAUGUGCUGCAGGCAGUAGGCACAGCAGCAGUAGCAUAUGCAGCACAUGCUCCAUAUGCACCACGUGCACUACGUGCAUGACGUGCAGCCCAGUCAAUGCUUCCAAUACACCCUGUCACAUGGCUCAGAUUUUUUGUGCCACGAGUGGAGAAGCUGCAGCUGAUGUCAGCGUGCCAUGCGAAAGACCCCGUGUCCAUGUCACCACGGCCGAUGGUGCCACCUUCUCCGCUGAUGUGGCGAUCGUCACGCUGCCAGCUGGCGUUCUGCGGCUGUCUGUAGGCCACGCUGGCAGGCCAUCCCAAAAGGGUCUGCUUACUGGAACUCCACAGGAUCUCAACAGCAGGAACAGCAGGAGUGAUUGCAGAAAAGAGGGCACUACCCACAGUAGAAGCAGCAGCAUUAGCAGCAGCAAAUCCUACAGCAACCCGACCACCCCACCCUCUCCUCCCCUUAACCCCUCACCCCAUCCCCACCCCAACCGCAUCCGCUUUUCCCCUCCCCUCCCCCCAUCUAAAACCUCUGCCCUCCUCUCCAUCGGCGUAGGCAUCGAGAACAAGAUCGCGCUGCUCUUCCCCUUCUGUUUCUGGCCCUCUGUGGAGUUCCUCGGGGUAGUGGCCGACACUCCCUAUGGGUGCAGCUACUUUCUAAAUCUGCACAAGGCCAGCAGGGGCGAGAGGGCGGUGCUGGUGUACAUGCCGGCCGGGCGGCUGGCUGAGGACAUGGAGAGGAUGGGGGAGGGGGAGGCAGUGGCGUUCACCAUGCUGCAGCUGAGGAAGAUCCUGCCCCAAGCUCCUGAACCAAUUCAGGCCCGGGUAACCACAUGGGGAUCAGACCCUUUUUCUCUUGGAGCCUACUCCUAUGACGCAGUGCACGCACCUCCCGACGUCUACGACUCGCUCCGCGCUCCCCUCCCGCCUCUCUUCUUCGCUGGCGAAGCCACCUCCCGCCCGCACCCUGGCACUGUUCAUGGCGCGUUCUCCACUGGGCGGCAAGCUGCUAGAGAGGCGGCGGAGUUCGUCCGGUUGCUGGGUUUGCAUGACGGGGCUGUGAAGGACGGGCAGGAUAAGGGACAGGGUCACUCAAUGGUGCUGCCACAGCAGUUGCUUGGAGGAGGGGUGAGAGGGGAAGAGGUCGGACUGCCGCAGGUGGGCAUGAAAGUUCAGGCGGUUUGCUCUGUCUGUCAGGACUUACCAGAGCAGCAGAAGGAUCACCAGGAGCAGCAGCAAGUGGGAAAAGAUCCUGCAGUUCCAUGCUUGUCGUCUUUGACACAGCAUGUGGUUUCUGGGAAGGUUGAGGAGGAGGAGUGUCCAUUGCAAAGUGGUAGAUAUAACAAUGGAGUGCCAUCCGCCAGGAAAUUCCCAAGUGACACAGUUGUUUCUCUGCCUGCCCGUGCGUUCAUGACGCAAAAUCAAGCGGCAUGCAUUCACUUGGGGUGUGUAACUCAAGCUGAAAAGGGUCUCCCCAUAAGAAUAUCAAGGCUGUGAACGAUCUACAGUGAUUAGUAAUGCAUUGUCUCUGAUUUAGGAGGAAACCACUUGCUAGUGACGAGUAUGUAUUUCCCUAACUGUGUGGGUACAAG